GAGAACAGUCUGACCUAGCAUUGCAUGUGCUUGGACAUGUCAGGCACUUCUUGUUGUAUUGAAUAAACAAUUACAAAGAGGCACACUGUGUGUAAUUCAAAUAAACAACGCUUCUAGAACAGAUUGUUAGGUUCUCCAUUAGACAUCCAGUAACUGUAUAGAGAUAUGAGCAGUAUAAAGAAAGAGGGUGAGAGAAUGAUUUACUUGCGCCUGCAGUGCUUUGAAAUUGUUUGCAAAUACUCUUCAGCAAUGCCUGUCUCUUUGAAAUUGCAUCAAGGAAGGCAUAAAGGUACAUGCUACAGGGCUGUAAGUAUUUGAUAAGAUGGGAAAUUCAUAUGCUGGGCAGCUGAAGACAACACGUUUUGAAGAAGUCUUACACAAUUCCAUUGAGGCUUCCCUUCGCUCCAAUAACAUAGUGCCCAGACCUGUCUUCUCUCAGCUUUAUCUGGAAGCUGAACAGCAGAUCACAUCACUAGAAGCAGGCAGACUAGAAAACAAAGACGAUGAUGAAGAUGACGGAUCAGAGUCUAGCAGCCCUCCAAUUCCAUACCAGAUGAAACCUCCCCCAGAAGGAGCCUGUACCAAUGAUGGAUUCUGUCAGUCAGGGAGGGACCUCCGCCUGGCUUUUAUAUCAAAUGAGCAAAUGGAGGUCCCUCUAGGAUUUCUAUUGGUUGGAGUGAAAUCCCCCAACCUGCCUGAUCACCUCCUGGUGUCUGUGGUGGACCGCAGGUUUCUACCAGAUGACAAUGGACGCAAUGCUUUGUUAGGGUUUUCAGGGAACUGCGUUGGAUGUGGAGAGAAGGGGUUUCGCUAUUUCACAGAAUUCUCCAAUCACAUCAACCUUAAACUAACAACCCAGCCAAAGAAACAGAAACACUUAAGGUGUUACCUCAUCAGGAACGCAGAAGGGACUCUUACACAAGGACCCCUCAUCUGCUGGAAAGGCACAGAAAGCAGAGGAAGGCAGACUAGCUCCAGCCCAAACACAAGCCUUCCUCCCCUGUGUCCACAAGGCCCAGGACAACUGGCAGCCAUUGACUCAGCAGAACCUGUUUUAUCAGGAAGUCAGACUGCUAUAACUACUUCUCAGCCUACAGGUAUACUUGCUGACCAGGCACUGCCCCCGCUGGUGUCAGGGGCUCCCACUGCACAUUACAAUGGCAAAGAUUGUCACAGACCCCAGCUCUCAUCAAGCAGUAGCAGCAGCAGCAGCCAGCCAGCCAAGAAUGUCAACAGACCGUCAGUGAUAGGCACCUUAGCUAAUUCGGGUCCUCCUAAAAAGCGGCACAAAGGCUGGUCUCCAGAGUCUCCUUCAGCUACUGAUACUGCAAAGAACAACCCCGUGCCAGUCAGCAAUGGAAGUAAGGCUGACAGUGGGAGUUUGGCAUGCUUAUCUCAGCCCUCUCCUGCAGGCCCACUUCUUUCUCCUUUAGCGACCUCUGAGGAACCUGUGGCUGUGCCUGACAACCUGCUGAAAAUAUGCAGGACUCGGCCGGUGAUUUUUAAAGGUCAUGGCAGCUUGCCCUAUCUCUGUGGAAAUGUAAAUGAUGUGAUAAUCAGCCCGCUGUUGCACUCCUGCUACCAGAAUUCCCAGGCUCUGCCCAGAGUUUAUGAGCAAUAUGGGGCUUCCCCCAUUCAGCCUCUUUCUGUGGAGAUGAUGAUAUUACUCACAGUCUACUACCUGGUUCAGCUUGCACCAGACCAGGUUCCCCUGAUUGAAGACUUGGAGCAGGUUUUCAUGCGCUCCUGGCGGGAAUCUCACUUGACUGAAAUCAGGCAGUAUCAGCAGACAGCUCCCCAGGUGCCUCCCCAGGCCCCGAGCCAGAUCCAACCUGUCACCCCAGCCCAGCUUCCCUGGCUGGCCAGGCUAGCCGCCAGCUCCAGCAACAACAGCGUUCAGAUUAUUGAGUCCACCAACACCCUGGCUGAAGGGCUAUCGGAAACUUUCAAGGGCCUGGUUCAAGGCAAACUGGUACAAACCAACUUUGUAGUGAUCUUAUGCACUUCAGCAUCUCGGGGCACUGAGUCAUGUGUUGUGGUGACAGGAAAACACCAGGCCCGGGCGCUCGAGGAGAGCAUGUCCACUCCAAUCGAAUCUCUCAAGGAGAUUAACUAUGAGCUGGCCACUGGGAAAGCAGAAGCACUAAGAGCUUUCUUUAGUAGUAUCUGUCCAGAUGUGGAUACUUUACUGGAAAAGUUUUAUCGGGAGAAAAGUGGCCAUGUUUGUUUGUCAAGCAAUCCUGUAUUGUCAGAGGAAACUGCAAAACAAGAAUGGCAAUGUUCUGAGUUCAUAGCUGAAUGGCAUCAAAUGCGUCCAAUCCAAUUGGCUGUGGCUCGGAAACUACUUUCCCAUGUCUGUGCCAUUGCUGACUCCAGCACACAAAACCUAGACCUUGGCUCCUUUGAAAAAGUGGAAUUCCUGAUUUCUGUUCCUCCUUCAGAGGUCACCUUUCAACAAAUUGUGCUACAUCUCUGGAGCUCAGGAAUUUUGCUGGAGUUAGGACUGGAAAAGUUCUGCAUGUCUAAGAAAGGAGCAGAGCAGUAUGUGGUGAAGCUUGACUCGGAGGCCCAGGGAAAGAUUGACGCGUUCAUUCAAAAAUCCAGAGUGAACCCCUACACACUCUUUAUACUGGUUCAUGAUCAUGCCCAUUGGGAUCUAAGCAGUGGAGCUAGCGGUCCAAGCAAUUCCCCUGCAGGCCUGGUAGACAGACUGCUGAACUGCAGAGAAAUCCAGGAAGCCCCAAACAUUCUGACGCUUCAUGUCACGUCCUUCCCCUUCGCACUGCAGACGCAGUACACACGCGUCAGCCCCUACAAUGAGAUCCACUGGCCUUCUACCUGCAACAAUGAUGUUGACUUGUACCAUGAGAACACAAAAUACUUUGGCCUCUCGGAGUUGAUUGAGUCAACACGCUCAGGACACAGCCUUCCUGUACUGAGAUAUGACAGCUCAUUCCAGGCAAUGGUGAUGGCUCUUGGAGAAAGGUUUCCUAAGCUUCACAGCGCUGUGAUAAGAACGUACGUCCUAAUUCAGCACUAUGCAGUGGCCAUGAUGGCAGUAGUGGGUCUCUCCCAGAUGAAGAAAUAUACCUCGGUGGAAACGCUGGAGAUUAUCCAAAACCUCAUCAACGCCCCAGAACAGUGUCCGAGUCGCCACGGCAGCAUGGUGCUGCUGAGGAUCCCCUCAGUCCAGCUGGCUGCUGUAGCUUAUGAGCGCCUGUGCCAAGUCAGGGAAAAGCUUGGCUUACAACAGCAGUUCGAAAUCAUCUUGGGAAGUCCUAAUACCGCACUCAGUGUUGGAAAGCACUUUUUGGAAAUGCUGAAAACGUGGCUGAAAAUACAAGAUGCUGACUGGGUUCCUCGUACAUAUUUGGAGUUGGAAGCCCUGCCAUGUAUACUGAUAUUCACUGGAAUGGACCCACAUGGAGAGUCAUUACCAAGGUCUUUAAAGUACUGCGAUCUUCGUUUAAUAAAUUCUACUUGCCUGAUGAGGACAGCCCUGGAGCAGGAGCUGGGACUAACGGCAUACCUGGUCAAGUCACAAGGGCCCAGUGAGAAGGUUCCAGCUAGUGACCUCACCGAAAGUGACAUGGAGAAGCUGAGCAGCACAGACAACGAGGAGGAGGAGGAGGAGAUAGCGAUGGAAGCACCCAACUCUCAAAAGAGAAGCCCUGUUAAGAGACAGCGGUCUUAUUCCCACGACUCUGCAGCCUCAUCUAGAUCUUUGAAAGUUUCAACAUUCUGCACUGAAUCCACUCCUGCAGCUGGGUCAUCUGGGAAACAUCUUCAGUCUUCAGAGGUUUCUAACCUGGACAAGAGUGCGAAGGACCUGGACAAGAACCAGCUAGAAAGCAUUUUAAAAGGAACAAUCAAUGAAAGCAGCAUGUCCUGUGACCCGCAAACAAGGAACACCACAGGGAGUCUGUCCAAAUCGAACACUGUGAUGUCCCAGUCAGCUCCGAAGUGCCCCAGGGCAAAGAGUUUAAACCAGCCGCCCAUUGUGCUCCUGCCCAAAGCUGUAUAUGAUGUCAUAACUUCGGUUGACAGCAGUGGCCUUCCUAAGUCUACGUCCUUCCUUCCCCAUCAUUUAGUGAUGUGGGCAAGCUCCUUUCGACCUCUAUUGAGCAAGAUUAUGACCUGCACUGAGCAGUCUCUGUAUUACCGUCAAUGGACCAUACCCAAACACAAUCAUAUGGACAGCAAAAAUAUGGCAGAAGGAAAAACAGACAACUUUCACCCCAGAAGACUGUUACUUAGUGGACCACCACAGGUAGGAAAAACCAGUGCCUAUCUGCAGUUUCUGGGUAUUUUGUCCCGGAUGCUGAUUCGACUCAUGGAAGUAGAUAUUUACGAUGAAGAAGAAAUUAACUUAAAUGUCAUGGAAGAUUCUGUUCAAUAUCACAAGCCUGGUGCUAUGUGGCCUGAUGUCGCUGUUUUCAAUAGGUUGCCUUUUGACUACACUGUCCAUGAUCCCAAGUAUGAAGAUGCUAGUCCAGUUUACUCCAGAGAGCAUACUUUCAGCAGUGAAGGAAGCUCAAGAAAACAGGAAGAUGUCUACUUGAGGCGUCGCACAACAAGGAUGAAGUUGUCCAAAUACGCAGCUUAUAACACAUAUCAUCACUGUGAGCAGUGCCAUCAGUACAUGGGCCUCAGCCCUAGAUAUCAGCUCAGCGAGUCCGCAUUGCACGCCUUCUCCUUUUCCUACUCAAUGCUAGGGGAGGAGAUCCAGCUUUACUUCAUCAUCCCCAAAUCCAAAGAGCAUCACUUCUCCUUCAGCCAGCCUGGAGGGCAGCUAGAGAGCAUGAAGCUUCCACUCACCUUCGACAAGAAUCCGGAUUGCAUAAAGAGUCCAAUCUUCACCCCAACAACUGGGCGACAUGAGUACGGCCUUUUCAAUCUGUACCAUGCAAUGGAUGCUGUCAACCACUUGCAUAUUCUGGUCAUUAAGGAAUAUGAGAUGGCAGCCUACAAGAAAUACUGGCCUAACCACAUCCUGCUGGUCCUGCCUAGCAUCUUCAAUGGAGCUGGCAUUGGGGCUGCUCAUUUUAUGAUUAAAGAGCUGUCUUACCACAACUUAGAACUGGAGCGUAACAGGCAAGAAGAGCUGGGGAUUAAACCGCAGGAUAUCUGGCCAUUCAUCAUUAUGGCAGAUGAUUCCUGUGUGAUGUGGAACAUGGUAGAUGUUGUACCUGCUGGAGACAGUAUGAGUAAAUCAUCAUUUCCAGAGAGGAAUGUCUCUUUGAAACACAUCCUGCAGCACAUUGAGGCGACCCCUGCGGUCACACAGUACGGCCUGUGUGGGAUGAGGAAGUGGUCCAGCAGGCGCAGCACUGGGCAGAUCAGAGAGCCCUUCUCCCACUGUCACCUCCAUGACUUUGUGCUGCUCAACGUGGACCUCACACAGACCGUUCAGUUCAACCAGAACAGGUUUACCUGUGUUGAUGUGGAUUUCAACCUCCGUGCCCACAGCGCUGGCUUGCUCAUCUGCAGGUUUAACUACUUCAGCGUUAUGAAGAAACAAAUCGCCAUCGGAGGACACAGGGCAUUUAUCAUCAAAUCAAAGGUGUCUGACGUGCCAGCAAACAUUCCGCCUUCUCAGUACACCUGCGCCCCUGACAGCAAACACACUUUCCUGGCGGCUCCUGCUCCACUGCUGCUUGAGAAGUACCUACAGCACACAAGCCACAGAUUCUUUCCCAUGUCUCUGAAAAACUACGCCCAUCCAGUGCUUUCUGUGGACUGUUACCUCAACCUGGGUUUGGAGAUUGCUGUGUGUUACGUCAGUUCCCGUCCCCACUCUAUUAACAUCAUCUGCUCUGGCCUGCUCUUCAGUGGUCUUCUUCUGUAUAUCUGUGACUCCUUUGUUACAGCAAGCUUUCUGAAAAAGUUCCAGUUCUUAAAAGGUGCCACGCUGUGCGUCAUCUGCCAGGAUCGAAACUCCCUGCGUCAGACAGUGGUCAAGCUAGAGCUGGAGGAAGAGUGGAGGUUUCGGCUGAGAGACGAAUUCCAAACAGCCAACUCCAAGGAAGACAAGCCCCUCUUCUUUCUUACAGGACAACAUGUAUGAGCCACUGUAACAGCUGUCACUACAAAGACUGAAAAAAGGAAAAGUAAAACAACAAAAAACUGCACCAGGUUGCCACUGACAACGUUGCUCAGGCGAGCAGUAUUUAUUUACAUAAAUAAAAGCAGAAAAUCAAACACUUUAUAAGUCCAAACUACAAACACAAUGUGCAGUGAAGACAAUGAGCGCAACUUCACUGUACACGAGGUCCCGCCUUCACACCUCACUCCUAUACUUGUGAUCUAAAAUCCCAAAACGAAUCCCUUGUGAUCUAAAAUCCCAAAACGGAUCCCUAGUCCCACACAAAUUAACCAAACCCUGACCCUGGAUAUACACGUGGUCAUCGGCCGUUUAGCUUCCUCUUCUCAGGCUGCCGUCAACGGUUUUGGCUUUGUGUUAGACACACAGUAAUCUGAAGAGUUGACAUCUUAAUCCCAAAGCUCUGAUCGCUGUUAAAACACACGGUGGUCAGAGAGUUUAAAUUUUUUAGAUUUCACUUAGUAGCGUGGACUGUUUCAGUCCAAUGGCCUUGCAGCAACCACCAGGUGUAGUAAAUGGCCCCUUUUAUAGUUCAAGAUGCUCUGCUGGGACAAACCCGUUUGCUGGUUAGGGAUAGGCAGCUGGCCAAUCACCAGCUGCUGUUCCCUGCUACCAUACUGCCCCCCCCCCCCCAAGGAUAUUUAAGUUUUCAACCUUGAUUACAGAUCAGGAAUACUACAUUUGACUUUUUUAAUUGUACAGCUAUAUGUGUGUAUUUUUAUGUAUUUAAAUUCUGUUGAAUCACAUGAAACAAAAAGUAAACCUGUUUUACUCCUGCUUGUUUUUUUGUCUUGUAAACGCUACAAGUAAAGGUCUGUAACAGCUAUGUACUACUGAGUGCAAAUGAGAACUAAAUCCUGAAGCUGGAAGCUUGUUUAAUGGUUUUUUUAAGACAGCAUGUAAGAGAGAUAUACAAUGUAUAUUCUAACUAGUUUUAUUUUACGAAGAUUUUUAUGAACAUACACAUUGGAACAGGAUGAAAGGACAUAUAACACAGAUUCACAUAUAAGUGAGUCUUUUUCUGUUGAAGUGUUUAUGCAUAUCAGUUGAACAGGGUUUCUAACAAAACAAAUCUUUUAAGGAGCAACUCUUUUUUUUUCAGAGGAAUUGUAUGAACAAAGUAAACACUUUACAAACUUAAAUACAUUGUAAUUUAAAUUGCAAUAAAUCUGAAGCAUGCCCGAUCUGUUACAUGAACAAUACUGUAAUAUUACAGUAGCAGGGAAUGGAAAAAUAACUUGGUGUAUCUUACAGUUGAGUGUUUAAAGUUGGAUAAUCUAGUUUAUCAGUUACAUUCUUAGAAAUAAAUUCCACCUAUCACCUAAUUUAAGUGCAUUUAUCAAAUGUUCAGUUCACAGCCAAGAUGAUUCAAGUCCUUACUCUUAAUCAGUUCAUAUAGGAUAGUCAGUCCAUAGUUUUGUUUAUAACAGAUCACUGGACCAGUUCAGAUGUAUCUUUUUUUUUUAUUUGUUAUCGUCUUUCAAUGCUGUAUAUGUGCAUGUAGACUCUCAACUUCUAAGAAACUCCAACCAUAUUAAUUUAAAUGUGAAUGUUAUUAAAGUCAAAGCCCUGUUUGCAGUAAACAUGAUUUUGUUUUUCUGGGGUCAGUACACAUAAAGAGUAAGUAGCAUGUUUCCGAAAAAUACGUCCCCACGUGCUACUACAACUGUUUAAAUAACGUACCUUUAAUUUUUAUUUUCAUAGUUAACAUCCUGACAACCUUUUUACACUU